AGAUUGCAACGGACCAGGAUCUGCUGCUCUAGUAAAACACACAGUUUCACAAAGUUUUGAAUUGUGACCAUUGGAUCUUUAUUGGCAUGGGACUAUUAUAGUAUUAUCAAACCAUCCAAUGGCUGAAUUGAAACUGUGUUGUACUUUACAGCACCAAAUCCAUAUCCAGAUUGCACCAAACAAGUCUCAAUUACGAGUAAAUUGUAGUCUUCGUCUCAUAGAAUAACAAAAAAUCUUACAAUGGCAGAAAUGGCAGUGUCUUUUGCUAUUAAGCAACUGCUUCCAUUGUUAACGGAAGAAACCAAACUACUGAAAGGUGUUCACAAAGAAUUUGCAGACAUUAAAUAUGAACUGGAAAGCAUCCAAACCUUCCUUGAAGAUGCUGAUAGAAGAGCUGCAGCUGAAGGAGACAACACUACUGAAGGAGCCAAAAUGUGGGUGAAGCAGGUUAGGGAAGUGGCUUUUCGUAUAGAAGAUGUCAUUGAUGAUUAUAUGAUCCAUGUAGGGCAGCAACCUUGUGAUCCUGGAUGCAUAUCUCCACUCCAUAAGGUUGCUCGUUUUCCCAAAACUAUGACUCCUCGCCGUCAAAUAGCUUCUGAGAUUCAAGACAUCAAGUCAGUUGUUUGUGGAAUCAAAGAAAGAAGUGAAAGAUAUGGUUUCCAAAUCCAAGGAUCUAGCAGCUUUAGAGGAAACCAAAACGCCAAAUGGAACGAUCAACGAAUGGCUGCUUUAUACAUCGAUGAAGCUGAAGUCGUAGGCUUUCAAGAACCCAAAAAUAGAUUGAUUGAUUGGCUGGUAAAGGGAAGAGUAGAGCGCACUGUCAUCUCUGUAGUUGGGAUGGGAGGGCAAGGAAAAACCACUCUUGCUAAAAAGGUUUUUGAUAGCAAAGAGGUUGUGGGACACUUUGAAUGUCGUGUAUGGAUCACAGUGUCACAAUCAUACAACACUGAAGUAUUGUCGAGACACAUGUUGGAGAAGCUUUACGGACAAAAAGGAGAAAAACCUCCUAAAGGAAUCACUGAAAUGGAUCGAGGUGCAUUGAUUUCUGAGUUGAGAAAGUACUUGCAGAAAAAGAGGUAUGUUUUUGUGUUUGAUGAUGUAUGGAACACAAGUUUUUGGGAUGAGAUUGAAUAUGUUGUGAGUGAUAAUAAAAAUGGUAGUAAGAUAUUUAUUACCACAAGAAAUAAGGAUGUUGCCAUGUAUUGUAAGAAAUCUUCAUUUAUUGAAGUGCAUGAACUACAACCAUUAACUGAAGAACAAUCAAUUGAUUUGUUCAAUAAGAAGGCAUUUCAAUUUGACUUGGAAGGAUGUUGUCCAAAAGAGCUCAUUGAUAUAGCUUUUGAAAUUGCUAGGAAGUGCAAGGGCUUACCACUAGCAAUUGUGACUAUUGGUGGUCUUUUAUCUACAAAGGGGAGAAAUGCAUUUGAAUGGCAGAGAUUUAGUGAAAAUAUGACUGUAGAGCUAAGGAAUGAUUCCCAUUUGACCAGAAUAAAAAAGAUUUUAGGUCUUAGCUAUGAUGAUUUGCCUUUUUAUCUUAAAUCAUGUUUGUUAUAUUUUGGAAUGUAUCCAGAAGAUUAUGAAGUUAAAUCAAAGAGAGUGAUUCUACAGUGGAUAGCUGAAGGGUUUGUGAAAGAGGAAAGUGGGAAGACUUUGGAAGAAGUUGGAGAAAGAUAUUUAACAGAGUUGAUUCGUCGAUGUUUGGUGCAAGUAUCCUCAGUUAGCAUUGAUGGAAAAACUAGAAGUUGUUGUGUUCAUGAUCUGAUACAUAUGAUGAUCCUUGAAAAGUGUGAGGAUUUAAGUUUUUGCAAGCAUUUCAAUGAUGACGAUCAUUCAUCUUUAAGUGGAACUAUCAGACGCCUAUCAAUAGCAACAAACUCCGGUGAUUUCAGAGCAUGUAUUGAAAACUCACAUAUUCGGUCACUAUUUCUUUUCACAGAUAAAUCAAAUUAUUUAGAGGAAUCCAUCCUGAAAAGAAUAUUCAAAAAGCAGAGGACACUGAAGGUGCUUCAUUUAGAAGAUGUCGGAUGUUUUGUUGAUUAUAAACCUUUUAGAUGUCUGAUCCACUUGAAAUAUCUAAGCUUGAAGAAUAGAUCCGGAAAAUACCUAUGCAUUUCCAAUAGAUCCCGAAAAUACACAUAUGCAUUUCCCAAAUGGAUUGGUAUUCUCCUAAAUCUUGAGACCUUGGAUCUAAGAGCUGCUUUUGGUUUUAUCAUUAUACCAAAGGAGAUUAGCAAGCUUAGACAGCUACGCCAUCUUAUAGGUUGCAGGAUGUCUUUGUUUCAUUUGAAGGAUGUUAUUGGAUGCAUGGAAUCUCUACAAACGUUGAGUGGAGUGAAAAUUGGUAAGGGUGGAAUAGAGUUGAUUAAGGAGUUGGGAAAGCUAAGGCGGUUAAGGAAGUUGAGCUUGAAUGAUGUGAGGGCAAGACAUUCAAGCGCUUUAUCUUCCUCACUGAAUGAGAUGCGACACUUGGAGAAAUUACGCAUUGUGUCAAGUAGCGGAUAUGAUAUGGUUCAUGAUGUCAUUGAUAUGCAUUUGGUUUCACCUCCACUACCUAUGCUUCGAAAUCUUAAACUAUGUGUCAAGUUGGAGAAGUUUCCAGAGUGGAUUCCUCAACUUAAAAAUCUUGUUAAGUUUGAUUUAGCAUAUUCCUUAUUAACUGAUGAUCCAAUUAAGUAUCUAGAAAACAUGCCAAACUUGUUGUCCCUCUCAAUCAUCAACAAAGCUUAUGAAGGUGAAAGUUUACAUUUUCAUGAUGGAGGUUGUCAAAAUCUAAAGGAACUAUACAUUGGAGACUGUCCCAACAUGAAUUCAAUUGUUAUUGAUAAAGGAGCAUUACAUUCUCUAAAAAAGUUUGAGUUAUUCGAGAUCCCCAACCUCAAGACUUCUGGAAUCCAACACUUAGAGAAGCUUGAAGUUCUCAAUGUUUGGGAUGUUCCCCUUGCAGAAUUUAAUCUUAGUGAGGAAAAUCAAUCCGAAACUUUAAGGACUAAGGAGAUAGAAAUCACAAACCAUCCAAAUCGGAGAACAGAAUUUUGGCGUCGAUGAUGAUGGAAUUUGUUUUCUCGAAGUGGACUUUUGCAAAAGUGGCAUCCUUAUGUUCUUGAUUUGGCAUGUGUGUUCCCUGUGGAAACAAAAAUGUAGUCUUUCUUUAAUAAUGGUAUAUGGAACCUCAGUUAUUGAUUCAAGAUACUUUGUUGUUUUUUAUUUCAGAUUUGAGUUGUUUUCCUUUCAAGGAUUGUAAGACCUUAAUUCUCUGUUGAUCUCCCUUCUAUCUAUUUUAAAAUAAAAAAUUGAAGUUUUAUGUAA